AGCUGGUCGGCAGCUGUCACUGCCGUUUUCGACUCUCCAGAAACAUUUAAUUUGUCUUUAAUGAACAAACAAUGUUGCUGCAUAAGUAUUUUUUUCGUGAACAUUUUUAUAAGAUAUAUCAUGACACAAUGGGGCGUCAUUACAGCUAAAAAAGCCAAAGUGAGAGCUUGAAUCCUCGUCGGUGAAGAAACAAAAGCAAAUGUCGGAGUUUGCUGUUCUGUCAGCUGGACAGAUACGUCUCUGUAAACACGGAUUGUGAAGAGGAGGAUCACGAGUAGAGGCCAGAUGUCUCAGAGGAGGAGAAGUCAACCAGAUGAAGCUGGAGGACUCAUGCCUGCAGCAUCCACAUCAGAGCUUCUGCAGACACCAGACAGGAAAGGCCUCCGACUACUUGGUAAAGCAGAGGUGUCCUGGAGACCCAGUUUGAACCAGCAGGACCUAGAGACCCUCCACAUAAAAGAGGAAGAGGAGGAACUCUCUUGUCAGACGAGUGAGCACCUUAUUGAGCUGGAGGAAACAAAUAUCACGAGGGUCUUUUUCACUGCUGUUCCUGUGAAAAGUGAAGAUACAGAAGAAAAACCUGAGUCCUCUCAGCUUCAUCAAGUUAAAAGUGAAGAUGUUACAGACAAAGAGACUCCAACCAGCAGCUCAGCUGAUCAACUUAAGAUAGAAACCAAUGGAAAUGACCAGAACUGUGGUGGACCGGAACCAAAUCGUGACUUGGAAGCAAAUGUUUUUGGGAAUGCUCCCGACUCUUCUGAGACUGAAGUUAGUGGUGAUGAUUAUUGGCAAAAAUCCUCGGAUUCUGAACCUGAAAUUGAAGAUGGUGAUAAUAAUUUAAAGGAGAGUGGGGAUCCCGAGCCAAGUGUAAAUCAAGUAGGGUGUGACACUGCUAAAAUGACCUUUAGCUGCUGUGAAUGUGGCAGACAGUUUUUUUGCAAGUAUAACCUUAAGAGACACAUGCAAGUGCACAGUGUAGAAAAACCUUUUGGUUGUAAGGAUUGUGAUAAAAUAUUUCUUCGGAAGACGUAUCUUAAGGCACACAUGAGAGUACACAGAGGUGAAAAACCCUAUGAAUGUGAUGAUUGUGGAAAAAGAUUUUGCAAAAGCUCAAAUCUCAAGAGACACAUGGGAGUUCACACGGGAGAGAAGCCGUUUAACUGUAGUCAUUGUGGGAAGAAAUUUACCCGAAACUCAACUCUCACAGCUCACAUGAAGGUCCACACAGUAGAGAAACCCUUCCCAUGUAGCAUCUGUGGCAAAGAAUUUACUCGACAUGACAGAUUAACGAGUCACUAUAGAAUCCAUCAAAUAAACCAAAUAGUUUUAAUAAAAUCUGAUCUUAUUCCGGUAAAUCCAGCAGUGCUUUUGUAAACCUACUUACAAACUAUCUAUGUACUUUUCUAUGGGGAUGAUAAAAGUCAAAAUCCAGUCUUUAAUACACUAUAUCUGCUGUAAAUUCUUCACUAUGUACAGAAGCGUGAGUUUCAUUAAAGCUACUCUUUGUAGUAAUACCAUUUGUGAGCCCAGGUGCUCGUCUUCGAGCCCCAACCCCAGGCCUGGCACCAGGGAGGGGCCCCGGUGACGCCGACCCGGGCGACGUAACGGCCCUUGAUUUUCUGUUUACCAUGAACUUGUGAACCGGUCUUAGUCUGGCCCGUCACCUAGGACCUGGUUGCCAUGGGAGACCCUACCAGGGGCGUAAUGCCCCUGACAACAUAGCUCCUAGGAUCAUUCGGGCAACACAAACCCCUCCACCACAGUAAGGUGGCGGUUCAAGGAGGGGUGAGUUGAGUUACAGCCAAUUGGUGUUAUAUGGCAAGUCUUCAAAAUGACCACAAACUUCGCCGCAUCAUUACGGUCAAGCUCUCUGGUAAAAACGUAAAAGCUUUGCAAUUUAGUGUUGGCCAUGUGUCUAGAUUGUACAAAGUUUCGAGUCUCUAGGAGUUCGUUAAAGUACGAGGCCUGGAAAUGACUCAAAAUGCUGGACUUCCUGUGUGAGUUAGAGCAUGGGUCCAAGAGACUUUUUUGUAGGUCUUAAAACACUACAGAUACAAUAAGGUCCUCGCACUCUCAGUGCUCGGGCCCUAAUUAAAGUGUCUUAUCCAUUGUGUCAUCAAUAAAAACAAGUACUAGAAGUCAGAGUGGCUUACUGGUUUAUUUAUCAUCUGAAAGAGGAAGGGGCUAAUUAUAUAAAC